GCAAAUUUUGAUUCGCCAGGAGGAAAAAAACAAUCAUUAGCAUUCGUGGUAGAUGUGUGGCAGAUGAUGUGGUAGCAGCUUCUGAAAAGUCCAACCUGCACCAUGGACCUCUCUCGUCCGAUGAGCCUUGUGGUCACCAUCCUCUUAGUCACCACAACCAUGACGACGGCCUCGGACAUCCUGAUGGUCACCAUGGGCGGCACAAAGUCCCACAAAAUUCCCUUCUGGGAACUGGCCAGGGGCCUCAUACCCAGGGGUCACAACGUGACCUUACUGAGUGCCUUUCCUCCGACUGGUACAAUGCCCCCAGCCGGCCUGCACGAGAUCACACCAGCCGGACUGGUGUUCUACGUGAAGAACUACACCGACUGGGAUCUGGUUGGCGCCAGGAUGAGAGGAGAGGAACCCGUUUCGGCUUGGGAUAUCAUGAGAUACGGUUUUGAGUCCUGCGAUGCGAUGUUCAACGAUGCAGAGACUCACACUUUGCUUCGACAAAGUUUCGACCUUUUAAUUCUGGAUGGAGCCUUUCCGGAAUGUGCCCUGGGGCUUGCCCAUCAUUAUGGAGUCCCAUUUAUGUACCUGAAUACUGUCGGAUUCUAUAUGGGUUCACUAUCUCUGGCAGGAAAUCCUGCACCUUCAUCAGUGACUCCUUUCUUAGGCAGGGCCUUCACAGACGACAUGAACAUCUUCGACAGGGCCCUCAACACUGGAUGGUACAUUGGGAUGUAUGCUGCUCAUUAUGUACUUAAUAGAUUCUGGUUACAGAGUGUCCUCAGGAAGCACCUUGGUGAAGGAGUCCCCUUUGUCUACGAUCUGUCCAGGAAUGUCAGUUUUAUCCUUCAGAAUGGACAUCAUACAGUUUCCUAUCCGAGACCAUAUUUGCCAAAUGUUGCAGAAAUUGCUUGCAUACAUUGUAAACCUGCCAGGCCAUUGCCUCAGGAUUUAGAAGACUUCAUAUCGGGAGGCGAUUCAGGUUUCAUUUACGUUUCAAUGGGAUCUUCGGUUAAGGCUGCCAAUAUGCCCGAUUAUCUAAGACGACUGCUGAUUCGGACGUUUUCCAAGUUGCCCUACAGAGUUUUGUGGAAAUGGGAAGCUGGUUCGUCGAUGAUGCAGGAUUUACCAGAAAAUGUCAUGCUGGGUAGAUGGUUGCCCCAGCAGGACAUCUUAGGUGAUAGACGACUGAAGGUCUUUGUCACCCAUGGAGGUCUCCUGAGUAUGUUUGAGAGUGUCUACCAUGGAAUUCCUCUGGUUACCAUGCCAGUCUUUUGUGACCACGAAGCAAAUGCUGCUAAAGCAGAAACAGAUGGAUAUGCCUAUAAAUUGUCCUUGGAAAAAUUGACUGCUGAAAGAUUAUAUAGAGCAAUAAUGAAGGUUGCCCAUGAACCGCAAUUCAGGAUAGCAGCCCUCAAGAGGCAAUAUUUGCUGAGGGAUCAGAAGGAGACUCCUCUGGAAAGGGCCAUUUAUUGGACGGAGUACGUUUUGAGACAUAAAGGUGCCUAUCACAUGCAGUCGCCAAGUCGCCAAUUGUACUGGUUCCAAUACUACCUAUUCGAUGUAAUUGGCCUGAUUUUUAUCUCUUUGGCCAUAUUGGUCUUUUCUGCCAAUCUGGUCUUUAAAUUCACCUUCAAAUAUGGUUCGACAUUCCAACCGGCCAAAAUAAAAGUCCACUAA